CACGUCGUCGACAUUGAGUCGCAGCGAGUCCCCGGAAAUGGCUGCCGAACACUCGCUGAAAUGACACAAGCCUCGAUAUUAUACUUAAUGUUUUGUUGUCUUUGUUGUAAUUAUGAAGCUACUCGCGUACCUACUAUUGUUUCUAAAUUCUGGUAUUUUUAUACGAGCAGGGAUAAGUGUCAGGAGCACAUCCGAUUCCUUACCAACCGACAACGAGGAUGGAGACAAAUUUGAUAAUUCUGGAAGCGGAGGCUCGACUCCACAUCAGGUAGGAUCGACGAAUCCCUUUGGAAGAUUGCCACCUAGUCCUCAGCCAACUAGCUCGCAAACCAGCACCAUAGAUCUCACUGAAAUCAGCGGCCUUAAAAAUGUCAAUAUGCAACUACCAGUGGGUGUUAGUCUCGCUAGCCUUCCUGGUGCAUCUUCACUUCCGGGACGCAAAGACAAUCAUGAAGGAAUCUGCGAGCUUUACGUUGGCAGGAUUUGUGCACAAUUUGUUGGUAACCAGUCUGUCUAUAUUCCUCAUCCAAUAACACAGAGCUUAUUAGAAGAAAAACUUAUAAAAGCCUUUCACGUUAUUAAUCAAUCAAACGAAUUAUCAUCGAAUUGCGAACGAUACGCGCAGCCGUCACUGUGCUACUCGACAUUCCCGAUUUGCCGGGAAGAGACGCGAAAUCAGAAGCCCAACAGCCAAUUUUUCGACCUACAGAGCUCGAAUCAGCAGGACUCGUUCGAGAAGCUGGAUGCCUGGGACGAACUGGACAACUUAUCCCGACUUCAGGAUGGCGUGCCGCGCAAACGAGGUGCCAAGUAUCGAUCGAGCUUCGACCCGACGCUGGACAAUAAGGAACGAGGUGUUAAUCACAAGAUCAUCAGUACGACGUACGGCGACUCGCGGACCGCGAAAAAGGAGAGCCUAAACCGUAAACUCCGAAGGAUCUGUCGUAAGGAAUGCGAGAUGCUGGAGAACGACCUCUGUAGGAAGGAAUACGCGAUCGCGAAAAGGCAUCCGGAGAUCGGCAGACAGGUGCCGCUUGUCGAGUGCUCGGACCUACCGGGCGAGGAUACGCCCGAGGCCGCCGACUGCAUGAGCAUCGGCAUCUCCACGGAGAACAAUGUCCAGGAGAAUGACUAUUGUUACUGGGGCACUGGAAACUCAUAUCGCGGUGUAGUAAAAACUAGUGUUACCGGCCGUCCGUGUUUGCGUUGGAUAAAUCAAUUUAAUCUUCAGAUAUCUGAUCAUCCAGAGCUUGCAGGACGUCAUUCGUUUUGUCGAAACCCCGGUAGUACCGAACCACAGCCCUGGUGUUACGUCGAUUUGAAUAAUCGUAGUCAGAAAGAGAUAUGUAAUAUACCUAAAUGUGUUGAAAACUUAUGGGUUUAUGCUGUUGUUGGGUUUGUACUUACUGGAGGAUUUGUAAUUAUAUUAGUUUGUUAUUGUUGUUGCUAUAAAAGCAGAAAAUCCAGGAGACAGACUAACCACUUACCAACAAAUAAAAUGUUAACUGGAUUGCAGUGCGACAAAAAUAUAUACGAUGGAAGACGUAAUACGACACAACCAAUGGAGAUGAGCUCACUUUUAGCUGGACCCGGUAACACUACCCCUGGUACUGGUACAUUAAGCAGUGGAAGUAGUAGAACUUCCAAUAAUCGUGUGCCACAAUUUACAAUAAAUAAUGUCAUGUUAUUACAAGAAUUGGGAGAGGGAGCAUUUGGAAAAGUUUAUAAAGGAGAAUUACAGACUGGAAAUAAAUCUGACGAAAUAAUUUACGUAGCUGUUAAGACAUUGAAGGAAAACGCAAGUCCGAAGACUCAGAGCGACUUUAAACGCGAAGUUGAUCUAAUGACAGAUCUCAGGCAUCCAAAUAUCAUAUGCUUGCUUGGUGUGAUACUUAAUGGCGAGCCAAUGUGUAUGCUUUUUGAAUACAUGACUCAAGGCGAUCUGCAUGAAUUUUUAAUUUGUCAUUCACCGAGAUCCGAUGUCCCUUUAAAUAACGUAAAUGGAAAAGUUUUAGAGCAGCCCGAAUUUCUACAUAUAGCUCUUCAAAUUGCAUCGGGAAUGGAAUACCUGGCCAGCCAUCAUUACGUUCACAGAGACUUAGCAGCGAGAAAUUGUUUGGUUGGUGAUAAUUUGACAGUAAAAAUUUCCGACUUUGGUCUCUCUCGCGAUAUCUACAGCAGCGACUACUAUCGAGUACAAUCAAAAAGCUUGCUUCCAGUGAGGUGGAUGCCACCCGAAUCAAUACUAUAUGGCAAAUUUACAACAGAGUCGGAUGUUUGGAGUUUCGGAGUUGUUUUGUGGGAAAUUUAUAGCUACGGCUUACAGCCAUACUACGGAUACAACAAUCAAGAAGUUAUCGACAUGAUUCGCUCGCGGCAGCUACUCCCCUGCCCGGAGGACUGUCCAACGAUGAUCUAUAGUCUGAUGAUCGAGUGCUGGCACGAGGUGGCGAAUCGCCGACCCCAGUUCCCCGAGAUCCAUCACCGACUGCACAACUGGUACGUCAAUCAAACAUACCUCAGUGAGUUUUGCGAGUCGAUAACAAGUUACUCGGGCAGCAGUCACAAGAGCACCAACAAAACAAACUCGACUCAGCUCUCCGCGCCAAUCUACAAAAGCGAUUCUCUAACCAGGAAUCAGCAGGCGCAGCUCUCAAUGAACAAGCACGCGCCAGACAGCCAGACGAUGUACGGUCUCGCCUCGGGAGCGACGACGACGCCCGAGCAGCCGGGCAACGUCAUGAAAAUCCUGUCGCCGAACUUCCACUGUAAUACCCAGCAGCAGCCGUACACGAACGGGAACGGGGUCGGUAACAACUGUGGCCCUUACGGCGUCACCUAUCCCGAGCAGGCCGGCGUCACCCCGAUGAAACUCGGCUACAAGGCCACGAACGGGCCCCUCGUCCCCGACUACGACGACAAGCAGUGCUGCUCGCCCAAGCUCAGCGGCGCCAAGAAAGUUCUGCCCGCGGUCGUCAUGCCCCAUCACCAGCCGGCACUCAAGUGCAACGGACCCGCGAACGGCACGAGGCCCAUUCAGAAUGGGGCCCAGCUCGUCGUCAGGCUGCCCGACCCCAGCAAAGUCCUCACCGAGACGAGACUCUCCAAACAAUAAUUCCGUGACGGCUCGUUGGCUGAAUUUUACGCCACGCCAGAGCACGCGAUACGUCCCAAGGCUCCCGACACC